AUCAGCGUGAUGUGCAAGAGAUUUCCAGCGAGCAAUGGAUGAGACGAACUGUUGGAAGCAGAGCGAGUGGGACAGCUUCUCACCGCUCAAAGCUCGAUAACAACAACCCACCAUGAAACAAUGUAUCCUCAAAGGUACAAAAGACCGGCGGCCUACCAAUGUUGACGCUUUCGCCGACCUCGAGAAAGGCUAUGGGACUUUCGACCAUGAUAACCAGCAAUCCUCCCAAGAUGGUCCGAACGAACCAGAAGAAGACUUCGGCUCGAAUUGGAUGUCCCAUCUGCACGACAGCACCUUACUAUCCGCCCUGACCAUCCCGGGAACCCACGACUCCGCGACCUCAGCCUCCCACAUCCCAUUCAUCCGCACACAAUCUCUUUCAAUCACAGACCAACUCGCCCUCGGAAUCCGCUACUUCGACCUCCGCUGCGCUCUACGGCAAAACAUCCCCGUCAUGGUUCAUGGCCUGGCAUAUCUAAACCUCACCCUCGCAUCCGUGCUGUCCGACUUGACGGCCUUCCUGUCCGCCCAUCCAGGAGAAGGCCUGGUCGUACAAAUCAAGCAGGACCGCAAACCCUCCAAGUCAGACAUAUCCUUCUCGCGGGCGAUAUACCUCGAACUCGAAGCCAUCCGCCCUUACCUCCGCACCCUCCCCACAACUCCCACCCUCGGCGAAGCUCGCGGCAAAAUCCAACUCUUCCGCCGCUACAACCUCCCCCGUGGCAUCCGAGGAUACGGCAUCGACGUAACCCAAUGGCAAGACAACCCCGAGGAACCAUUUACAAUCCACCACCCCUGGUUCCGCCAGCAAUUAACAAUCCAAGACCACUACUCCUUCACAUCCGGAACCUCCCUCCCCUCACUCGUCACCUCAAAGACGACAUCCGUGAUCUCCCUCCUCAACCGCGCAGCCUCUGACUCCGAUUCCCCCUCGCACGACGACGACGAGCCGGAUUCAGCGCACUGGUACAUCAACUUCACCUCCGCCUUCGAAAUCAACGUCUGGUACCAGAUCCCUCCCCGCACAAUCGCCGUGGGAGGAUAUUAUUUCCUGCGGUGGGUGGAUGGAGUCAAUGCAAGGCUGCGGGCCUGGGUGGAAGUAAAGGGGGGAGGGAAGGGGUUGGGGAUUGUGGUUAUGGAUUUUCCGGAGAGUGAGGGGGAUUUGGUGGAGGAGUUGAUUUUGACGAAUUUUGAGCAAGGUGAGAAAGGUAGCGAUGUGGGGUGGAGGAGGUGGUGGCGGGGAGUGGGUGUAGGUUUGGUGGUGGGCAUGGCGGUUGGUCUGCUUUUGAUGGCGGUCGUGUUGGCCUGGGCGAUGUUUAUGGAUGAGCAGACCGCGAGGGUGGUGGUUGGAUAUCUCGGGUGCAUUGCAUUGAGACGACUACCAUGUGGACUCAGAGCUUCCUCCGUUGAAAGCUUCCACAGACAGUUCAUGAUCCGAUUGUUCGAACUCCUGAUACCACCAAACGUGCGGUGGACAUCGUUUCAUUACUGCACCGACCUGGCGCACACUUGA